AUUAUUAUUUGGUUCCUUCCUUCCUUCAUCUAAUCUCACCAAAUACCAAUCUGGGGAAUCUUGUAUUGUGGUGUUGUGAAAUUUGCAAAUCACAGAGAGUGCGUGUGAGAGACCGUUAUAACUGAAUGGGGGAAGAGGUGAAGACCAGCGAGUACGAGGAAGAGCGCGUCAUCGAGUGGGAGAUUGGCCUCCCCAACGCCAACGAUCUCACGCCUCUCUCGCAGCCCCUCAUCCCGCCGGAGCUCGCCUCCGCCUUCAGCAUCACGCCCGAGCCCCACCGCACGCUCCUCGACGUCAACCGCGCCUCCCGCAACACGUUCUCCACGCUCCGCGGCGGGGCCGUGCACCAGGCCUUCUCCUCCUCCAACAACCACCGCCACCGCGACGACGACGAAGAGGACGACGACGACGACGACGAGGAGUACGGCGAGGGGUCCGAUUCGCGGAAGCAGCGGAGGAUCGAGUGCGCGGAGGAGGCGGACUCGGCGGUGCGGACGGAGGAGCGGGCGGCGGUGAAGCGGCCGCGGCUGGUGUGGACGCCGCAGCUGCACAAGCGGUUCGUGGAUGUGGUGGCGCACCUCGGAAUCAAGAACGCGGUGCCGAAGACGAUUAUGCAGUUGAUGAACGUGGAAGGGUUGACUCGCGAGAAUGUGGCGAGUCAUCUCCAGAAGUAUCGGCUAUACUUGAAGCGGAUGCAGGGUCUGUCGAACGAGGGUCCUUCUUCUUCCGAUCAGUUGUUCGCUUCGACGCCUGUGCCUCAGAGUUUGCAUGACUCUGCUCCUCCCUCUUCCCAUUCCCAUGGCCAUCUCCCUCUUCCCAUUCCCAUGCCCUAUCCCCCUCCCAUGAUGUCCAUGCCUGUCCUCGGCAUGCCCCAUCCCCACAUGGGCAUCCCCCUCCCCACUUCCUCCGCCACCUCCGCUUACCAUCCUUAUAACAUGUUGCACCACAGGGAUUGGCCUCAUCUUGCUCCUAAUGAUAAAUGAUCAGCCUCUAAGAUUCAAACACUUGAUUAUUGGUAGAGACAUUCUGAGAAGGGAAGUAACUGUAUUAUUGAUGAUUACCCUGGAAUUCACACGAGUCUGGAGGAAGUAUAUGAAGAAGACUAUAUGGAGCUAGAUUACAAUCUGAGUAAGUUGUGUGUACCCUGUGGGCAGAUUUACAAACAUCUUGGCACACAUCUCUAAUUCCUGUCAGUGUCACCUAAUUGUAUGACAAGAAUUCUGGUAUAUUUCUUCUGGUCUGUCUAGACAGCUGAUUCUAAAGUAAAUUCUUAACUAGUUCUCUGAUUUAUAAAUUAUAGGUUCUAUUCUAUUAUAUUGUGUAAUCCUGAAUGAGUUAACUCUCUUUUUCAGAACCAUUGAAUAAAAGAGACUGACAACAGACAGCAAACAUUUAUACCAUGCUCUGGAUUAAAUGUUUUUCUAUAUCUUAAAGCUCUUUCUCAUUAUUUCGUUUGAAUUAGAUGUUCCAUUUUCUUAAAUUGGGUGCUGUAGGUCCUCAUGUUAAAGAAAUGUCAGUGAGAAUGGAACGAGGAUUUGUAUCUUGUAUAUAUAAAGGCGCAACACACACACCUACCCUAACCCGGUGAAUUCUUGUUUAACCCAUGACACAAUUCACUUGUCCCCUUUUACUUGUGAGAAACAAAUUCAUCUGGACUUGGCAAUCUUUUUUUUUUUUGGUGAUAAUGAACAAACGGCAACGGUUUACUUGUU